AUGCCCCCCGCCUCCACUCUGCUAUUCCGCCUGGUAUGCACCCCCCGCCCCACCUCCACUCUGCUUUUCCAAAUCUCGUACGACGGGUAUUUGGUGAGCGCGAAGUCGGCGGCCUCGUCCCACGGCGCCUCGCUGAAGUCCAGCUGCUGCAUCUCCGGCACCGUCGACGAUUCGGGGGAGGCGGACCGCGACGGGGACGGGCACGAGGACUCAGCUGCGGACUCGAGGCAGGACGAGGACGCGUCGUCGGAGGACGGCGAAGAGGAGCAGUUGCUGGUGGGGGUGGACGACGACGUGGCAGCUGCUGCAGCGGCGGAGGCGGGCUUCUUGGCGCCCUUCUUCUUGGACGCGGCGAUGUUCUGGCAGAGCGUCUGGAGCUUGGCGUCGACGGAUAUGCUAUGCUAUGCUCUGCUCUGCUUCUUGGCGUCGACGGAUAUGCUAUGCUAUGCUCUGCUCUUGGCGCCCCAGUGCCGCUGCCGCACGCCACCCACUCUUCUGUCUGCUCUGCUUGUACUGCUGCUCUAA